UAUAUUAUAAUAAUCAGAUGAAAGUAACAUAGCCUGAUUGUUUCUCGCUUCUCUUUGUAUCGUCCUACAGUUGUCUUUCUCUCGCUCUCGCUCUCGCACGCCAACCCAUCGUCCCAGCAGCGUCCAAAUGCUUCGACCACAACAAGGCAGAGAAGCCCGCACAGCACAUGCGUUCCCUCUCCGGACUUCCACCUCCCGCCCAUUGGCCGGCAACCUUUUCUUUAAUUCCAAUACCCUCAGACGAUGCCUCCAGAACUGGCCCUCACCAAUCGCCUCUCUCCUUCACCCACCCACAACCAAGAAAGAUAAAAGAAAGAGAGAGAGAGAGCAGAUAGAGAGAAGGAAGAACUAAUAUCUAUUUCUCUUUCAAUCUUAGGUCUUUCUCAAUGAGUUUUGGAUCGUUUACUUUGCAGGAAUAAGCAGAGGGGAGAUGGAGGAAAACAAGGGUAGUACCAUUUAAGAGACAGAACAAAGUAAUGCUCAUAGAAAUAUCAUGUUAUCAACAGGCGUAUGGGGGCUAAUUGGGCCCCUCAUUGGAGUUGCAAUCAUAGUACUUAUCAUAUCAUGGUGCAUGUUGAAAAGAAGAUAUAAAUUGAAUUCCACUCAAGAAGAUCAUUGUAUUAUCACAUUUUCUGCUUCCAAAGAGUUGCUAUCUGGGGAGCCUCUUUCUAAAGGAAUUCCAAUUAAAGAGAUCUAUGCUGCCACAAAUAGUCUGAAUGAUCUAAACUUUAUUGGCCAGGGCAUUGCUGGAAAGGUCUACAAAGGCGUGCUUUCAAAUGGUUGGCAUGUUGCAAUUAAGCAUAUUAUCAAGGAUGGAUAUGCAGAGACAUUUGUGAGGGAAGUUACGAGCCUAUCACAUGUUAGGCACCCAAACCUUGUGGCUUUGCUAGGUUAUUGUGAAGAAGAAGAUCAAUGUUUCCUUGUAUAUGAGCUUUGCUCCAAAGGCAAUCUAUCAGAAUGGCUAUUUGGAAAGGACAAAAUACUUUCAUGGAUUCAGAGACUUGAGAUUGCGAUCGGUAGUGCCCGUGGCCUUUGGUUUCUUCAUACAUAUCCAGGAGGCUGCAUUGUUCAUCGUGAUAUUAAGCCAGCUAACAUUCUUCUUGAUGAGGAUUUUGAAGCUAAACUAUCAGACUUUGGUUUAUCUAAAGUUAUGGACCUAGGUGUCUCACACGUGAGCUCUGAAGUGAGGGGGACCUUUGGCUAUGUUGAUCCAGAAUACCGGCACAAUCACCGUGUGAAUGCUGGUGGAGAUGUAUACAGCUUUGGUAUAGUAAUGCUACAAAUCCUUUCAGGAAAACCAGUUAUCAAUUUGAAUGUGAUAAAGCCAUUGCCACUGGAUAAAAUGGCCAAACUUCUUUCCAAAGGCGGCGAUAUUUUUGAAUUUGCUGAUCCAAGAUUAAAUGGGGAAUACUCAACGGAGGCUUUUGAAAUUGUCCUCAAGCUAGCUUUGUCAUGCACUGGCCAUAAACAACAGCGACCAUCAAUGGAGAAUGUUGUCACAAGGUUAGAGAAAGCACUGGAAAUUUCGACAAGGUUAGAGAAAGCACUGGAAAUUUCAACUAGAGAUAGUGAGGCCUACUAUGUCAGUAUUACAUGAUCUUAUACCCUGUUACUCCAGAUGUUUACUCUGAUGUGUGAGAUAAUAUAAAUCAAGUGUUAUCCUGACAGUAACAAAUUUUGUAGCACAAGCUACAUUUAUUAAGGUAUAAAAGUGAAAUAAGAGAACAGUGGUAUUUUCUGG